AUGGUGGCCUUCGGCGUGCACCACGCGGCUGCGACAGCGCAGCUCCACCCUGGACGCCCCACCUUGCUGGCGAUGUUCUUCCCCACCAGCUUGGCCUCACGCCGCGCACGGCCCCUGGAGGUACAGCCAGCUCCGAGUGGUUCAGCCUUCGCAGUUUCGGCCGCCCUCCGGGCCCACCCCACCACCAGCUUGGUAUUCGGCGCUUUUUCGGCGGAGUUGCUCAGCUGGCAACACACGCCGUUGGCGCAGCUUGGGCUUGGCGCCCCACUGGCGACGGCCCAUCGUUUACCACGUCUGGCCGCCACAGCGCGUAACACAGAAUUCCCUGGCAUUUUGCCGCAGGGCUGCACGUUGCUUGAGCUUCCCAGGGCGUUCCAGCUCAGCCAGCCAGCCCCCGCUGCUGCUGCCCCAGCUGCCGCGUUUGUGAGCUGGCCCGGCCGGCUCGUGCUGCGCUCUGUUGCUUGUCGCGCCCUGUAG